GGUCACCCUGUCCCUUUAAGAGAAGGGGGAGAGCUAGCCCCUCUCAGCCAUCCUGUCCUGUCAUCCACCCCAGCCAAAUCCGAAAAGGAAAAUGAAAGAGGGAUCAAGAGGAACAGGUCCCAGCUGUCUCCCAAGGUCCUGCUCUCAGCUCUAAGCACAGGCCCCAGGCGUCAUGGGGGAGUGGGCGUUCCUAGGCUCCCUGCUGGACGCGGUGCAGCUGCAGUCGCCACUCGUGGGUCGCCUCUGGCUGGUGAUCAUGCUCAUCUUCCGCAUCCUGGUGCUGGCCACGGUGGGAGGUGCCGUGUUCGAGGACGAGCAGGAGGAGUUCGUGUGUAACACGCUACAGCCCGGCUGUCGCCAGACCUGCUACGACCGCGCCUUCCCGGUGUCCCACUACCGCUUCUGGCUCUUCCACAUCCUACUGCUGUCGGCGCCGCCGGUGCUGUUCGUCAUCUACUCCAUGCACCAGGCCAGCAAGGAGGCGGGUGGUGCGCAGCCGGCCACGCCGUGCACGCGCGGGCGUCCCGAGGCCCCGUGCGCCCCGUGCUCCCUGCGCGCCCGCCGCGCGCGUCGCUGCUACCUGCUGAGCGUGGCUCUGCGCCUGCUCGCCGAGCUGGCCUUCCUGGGUGGCCAGGCGCUGCUCUACGGCUUCCGCGUGGCCCCGCACUACGCGUGCGCCGGCCCGCCUUGCCCGCACAUCGUCGAUUGCUUUGUGAGCCGGCCCACUGAGAAGACGGUCUUCGUGGUCUUCUACUUCGCCGUCGGGCUGCUCUCCGCGCUGCUCAGCGUAGCCGAGCUGGGCCACCUGCUUUGGAAGGGUCGCCAGCGCGCGAAGCUGCUCCCGCCGCCGCCACCGCCCUCUCUGCCUUCGCAGCGAGCGGAUCCAGACCCCUUCGGCCCGCCGGCCUACGCGCACCGCGCACUGGCCGGCGACAGCGAGGGCGAGGGCGACAGCGGCCACAGCAAGGCUUCGCUGGCCACCGUGCGUCAGGACCUGGCCAUCUAGCGGCGAGGUCCGAGGCCGAACCUUCAGUAGCACUGGGGUCCUUGGAGGCAGAAGGGAGAAGUGGCUUCUCGCUGCGUAGGACCCUGCCUGAGCUGAAGAUGGGAAGAGGGGUACACCCCCACUCCCGGAGCAGAAGA